AUGCCUACAUUCGAAAAAUUAACGAAAUCCCAGAAACUGCGCGCGUCUCUGCAUCGUGACGUAAUGGCGAUCUGCAAGGAGACGUGCCAUUUGGUCGGGAUGGAGAUGGAGAAACCGGCAAUGGAAGUUGUUGCGGAACUGCUGUAUAAGAAAAUAAAGAUCUACGCCCUGGACUUAGAAGCCUUUGCGAAGCAUGCCAAACGGAGUACGAUAAACGCGGACGAUGUCUUACUGUUGGCGAGAAGAAAUCCGUCACUGAAAGCGCACCUGAAGACGACGCUGAGCAAGCAACCUUCGACGUCAAAGGAGAGGAGGCGCAAGACAAACGCGAGCAAAUCGACCACACCAAAGGAGACUGUCAAGUCGAAAGCAGAAGUCGAUCCGGAAAAGGCGGCGGCGGACGAUGGGGAGGGACGCGCGGCUCACGAAAUGGAAGACGCGCUCGAUAUAGCACAUUACAGGGCGCUGUUUGUCAACUCGCCCCCUCCCACCACCCGCACGGCGUACGCUGACCACCCCUGCGGCUUCGGGGGGAAGUUAUUAGGCGGCUUUGUUAAUGAAUUUCAUGUCGGUGACCGCCCCGUACACUUCGGCCCGCGCCGUUACACCUGUGCUAAUAAUAAC